GCGAAGGAGGAAAUCCGGCGACAAGUCCGGCGGAAAGAUCAUGCCUGCGGCAUUAGAGGGCUCGGAGAUCGUGAUACCGGCCGGAUUCCGUUGCCCGAUCUCGCUGGACCUCAUGAAGGACCCUGUGAUUCUCUCUACCGGGAUUACCUACGAUAGGCAGAGCAUUGAGACUUGGCUCGAAGGCGGAAGCUUCACCUGUCCCGUCACGAAACAGCUGUUGCAGAGCGCCGACCUCAUUCCGAACCAUGCACUCCGGCGGAUGAUCCAAAGCUGGUGCGUCGAGAACAGGGACGCAGGUAUCGAGCGUAUCCCGACGCCACGAAUUCCAGUGACCCGCUCGCAGGUGGCCGAGAUCCUCUCUCAGAUCGAGUCCGCGAGCCGAAGGGGCAGCCCGGGGUCGUGCGUGGCCGUCGCGGACAGGAUCCGGCUACUGGCAAAGGAGAGCGACCGGAGCCGGCGGUGCGUUGCCGGAGCCGGGGCGGGGGCAGCGCUCGCGGCGGCGUUUGCAGCCGUUUGCGACCGGUUCGCUGACUCCGAGAAGGAGUCCGCACCGGCUGCCGCUGCGGAGGCGAUUCUCGCGGCCAUGAACGCGGUAGCGACGAUCGACUCGGAGGCGUGGUCUCAUGUGUGGACACGAUCGUGCAUGCGCCGGCUGGCCUGGUUGAUCUCCGGAGGAAGCUUGGAAGGGGUGGGGAACGCGGUCUGGGCGCUGAGAGAGGUUCUGAGAGACGACGAAAAGAUUCUGGAGGGUGACAACCGGAAGAUUCUGGAAUCGACGCCGGGGCUGGUGGAAGGACUCGUGAGAGUCGUCCGAGAGCCGAUCUGCCCGGCCACGACGAAGGCGUCGCUGGAGGCGAUAGUCGAAAUGGCGUCCGCGAGCGAUCGUAUGGUGUGCCGGGUCGCGGAAGCGGGUCUGGUGCCAGUGCUCCUGGAGAUCCUACCCGGCUGCGAGAGGGGCAUGUGCGAGAAGGCACUGGCCGCGCUCGACCUCGCGUGCAGCAGGCGCGAAGGGAGGGAGCAGGCGUACGGCCACGCGCUGGCAGUGCCUGUGCUGGUGAAGAAGAUGCUGAGGGUGUCGAGCAUGGCCACAGACCUGGCGAUGUCGGUGUUGUGGAGGCUGUCCAAGGGGGCGAACGGCGAGGCUGUGGUGCUGGAAGCGUUGUCAGUGGGGCUGUUCCAGAAGCUGCUGGUGCUGCUGCAGGUGGGGUGCGAUGAUGGUGCCAAGGAAAAGGCCAAGGACCUGCUGAAGAUGUCGAACAAGUACAAGGACAGGUUAGAGUGCGUGGACUCGGGCGACUUCAAGAACAUCAAGCGGCCGGCUUGAGGUUGCAUUCCAACCUGAGGAUUCUCCUCGUCUCGUUUAAUGGCGGGACUUGAUGAUGCCUGGAGCAUUUGUUACCUUCAACUCAUAUCCGUCUUCCUAAUAUGUGCAUGAGAGUGUGAUAGCUGUAAUUCGGAAACAUCGUAAUGAUCGUUUUUCUUUUUCUUUUCGAGGGACUGUACAGAGAGAAUUGCGUCACAUGUGAAUAUACGUUUGGGACCCCGUUGAAAGGGUUUCAGGUUUUGAAUUAUUUUGGAAACUGAAAUACAAUUAACGCCCCCUUCUUAGGGGUUUCCUUGUA